AUGUCCAAUACGGCUAUGUGUCAAUUGGAGGAUAACCGCUUUGCCUUCUCCCCGGGCCAGCUGAACAACCUCUUCAACCCGAAGUCGUUAGACGGGUUCUAUGCCGCAGGAGGACUCCGAGGCCUCGAGCACGGACUACGAACGGACCUCACUGGCGGAUUGCGGACUGAUGAAACCGAGCUUCCAGGGCGGAUCACGCUGGAGGAAGCUAGGCAAGCAGCUCUGUUCAAAAGUCGGAGUACACAACCGCUCCUCGCGACCCGAACGACCGCAUCUUUCGACCAGUCGCUCGACAAACAGUUCUGCGACCGUGUGCGGGUGUUUGGACGGAACGUGUUACCUGAUACGAAGAGAAAGAGCUUUGGGAGGCUGUUGUGGGAUGCGUAUAAUGACAAAAUCAUCAUCCUGUUGACGGUGGCAGCAGUGGUGUCGUUGUCACUGGGUAUCUACGAAGCUGUCGGUGGACACUCGCAGGUGGAUUGGAUCGAGGGAGUGGCAGUCUGCGUGGCAAUUCUGAUUGUCGUUACGGCCACUGCGGGGAAUGAUUGGCAAAAGGAGAGACAGUUUGUUCGGCUAAACAAGCUGAAAGUCGAUCGCGAGGUCAGGGUCAUUCGCUCCGGUGAACAGGUCAUGGUCCAUAUCCACGAUCUGACUGUCGGGGAUGUGGUGCAUCUCGAGCCCGGUGACUGUGCCCCGGCUGACGGGGUAGUAAUCACUAACUAUGGGCUGCGUUGCGAUGAAUCCAUGGCAACUGGAGAGUCAGAUCAAAUUGAAAAACAAAGCGGUUUCGAGGUCUGGGACAGGAUGGGCAAGGGCGUGGCCAGCGAAGAAGAUUUAGACCCUUUCAUUAUAUCCGGGAGCAAGAUCCUCGAAGGAUUGGGGACAUACGUCGUGCUCAGCGUGGGCCCUCAUUCCACCCACGGUCGCAUCAUGACCUCGUUGGGGACGGAGAGCGAUCCCACUCCCCUUCAGGUCAAGCUAAGUCGCUUGGCUAGUUGGAUUGGGUGGUUCGGACUUGGGGCAGCGCUCCUUCUGUUCUUCGUCCUCUUGUUCCGGUUCCUAGCGCAGCUCCCAGAGAAUGAUGCUCCGUCGACCGUGAAAGGGCAGAUAUUCAUGGACAUUCUCAUCGUCACAGUGACGGUGAUCGUUGUUGCCAUACCAGAGGGACUCCCUCUCGCGGUGACAUUAGCAUUAGCUUUCGCGACAGGCCGAAUGCUCAAGGAGCACAAUCUGGUCCGACAACUGCGCGCCUGCGAGACGAUGGGAAAUGCGACCGUCAUCUGCUCGGAUAAGACUGGCACCCUAACGCAGAAUAAGAUGACUGCCGUAGUGGGACUUUUCGGCGUCUCUGAGUCCUUCGGACAGCUACCUAAUGACACGUCCUCAGAGGGUAUUCCUGUCCAUGUUCCUGACGCCGUUGCACGCUUUCCGGCCUCGUUCAAGAAUCUGCUUGUGAAGAGCAUUGUCGCCAAUUCGACUGCGUUCGAGGAACGACGGGAGACUGGUACCGAGUUGGUGGGCAACAAGACAGAGAUUGCGCUUCUGCAGCUGGCGCAGGAGCAUCUUGGUGUAGUCGACCUUGCAGCGGAGAGAGCAGAGGUUGAUCUCCUGCAGGUGUAUCCUUUCGACUCGGCUCGGAAGGCGAUGGCGCUGGUGUAUCGCGUCCAUCCGGAUAGAUACCGGGUACUUGUCAAAGGGGCUGCAGAGGUUGUGUUGAGGGCUUGCAAUACAGUUGUUUGUGCAAGUUCUGCCACGGAAGAAGACGUUCAGGUCGAUCACUUGAGUGCCAGUGACAUUGAAAGUACUGAGCAAAGCAUCAAUGCUUAUGCUUCUGCCUCUCUUCGUACCAUCGGACUUGCAUACCGCGACCUCCCGGUCGGGUUCGCGGAAGGAAGCAAAGUCCACGAGAAAGGCCCACCUGGCUUCGAGGAGAUCUUUCAGGACAUGACUUGGAUUGGCCUGUUUGGUAUCCACGACCCGUUGCGACCGGAGGUUACGGAUGCGAUUCGACGGUGUCAUUCAGCUGGCGUCAAGGUGAAGAUGGUGACGGGGGACAAUAUCAACACCGCUCUCUCUAUCGCAGUUUCCUGCGGCAUUAAAACCGACGAAGGUAUUGCGCUAGAGGCGCCCCAGCUUCGAAGACUUAGCGAAGCGGAGCUUGAUACGGUCAUCCCGCGCCUUCAGGUUCUAGCGCGCUCCUCUCCGAGCGACAAGCAGCUCCUGGUGAAGCACCUGAAGAAGCUUGGGGAGAUAGUCGCCGUGACCGGCGACGGGACGAACGAUGGGCCGGCCCUCAAGUCUGCUGAUGUGGGCUUCUCGAUGGGACUGAGCGGAACGGAGGUAGCGCGCGAAGCUAGUUCGAUCAUUCUCCUGGAUGACAACUUCAGGUCCAUCGUCACAGCAAUUGCAUGGGGCCGUUGCGUCAAUGACGCCGUGGCCAAAUUCCUACAAUUCCAAAUUACCGUGAAUAUUACCGCCGUUUGCUUAACCGUGGUGACCGCUAUCUACAACAGCUCCAAUGAAAGCGUCUUCAAAGCCGUUCAAUUGCUGUGGUUGAACCUGAUUAUGGACACAUUUGCAGCGCUGGCACUAGCCACAGACCCUCCAACACCAGAAAUGCUUGAACGCCCCCCUACACCCAGAAAAGCGCCCCUCUUCACCGUUACGAUGUGGAAACUAAUGCUCGGCCAAUCAAUCUACAAACUCGCCCUCUGCUUCACUCUCUACUUUGCCGGAGACCAAAUCCUCAACCUCGACAGGGGGAACGAGCACGAGCGCCUAGAACUCGACACCAUAAUCUUCAACACCUUCGUCUGGAUGCAGAUCUUCAACGAGUUCAACUGCCGCCGCCUGGACAACAAGUUCAACAUCUUCCAGGGAAUCUGGAAGAACGUCUGGUUCCUGGUGAUCAAUGUCCUGAUGGUCGGCGGCCAGAUCUUGAUUAUCUUCGUCGGUGGUGCGGCAUUCGGCGUGACGAGGCUGAGUGGCACGCAGUGGGCGAUCUGCAUCGGAUGCGCGGCAUUCUGUAUCCCCUGGGCGGCGGUGUUGAAGUUCAUCCCGGAUCGGUAUGUCGGAAGGGUGCUGGGGUGGGUUUCCUGGGGGCUGAGGGGCUUGCUUCGCCCCUUGACGGCUUCUGUUCGGAAAAUGGGUACAUUGUUCGGUUGUGUGUUUUUGGCACGGAGGUUGCGCCGCGCGAAGAAUUCUGCGGGGGAUGAGGAGGUAAUGCAUACGGAUGAGGAGACGGGGAAUAGUGGAGGGCUGUGA